CGAUCGUUCCGGGGGCGGCACUGCCGCCGGCGCUCCGCUUAUCGAUCGCUGCGGGAGCGGCUUUGAGGCCUGCGCUGCGUCCCCGUUAGUGCGGGGCGGGAGCUGCCGGGUGCCAUCUUGGCGGAAGGAGGCGAGGAAGGUGAGCAGGCGCCCCGAGGAUGGACAUCAGGCCGAACCACACCAUCUACAUCAACAAUAUCAAUGAUAAGAUUAAGAAAGAAGAGCUGAAAAGGUCCUUGUAUGCGUUAUUCUCACAGUUUGGUCAUGUGGUUGACAUUGUGGCUUUAAAGACUAUGAAGAUGAGAGGACAGGCAUUUGUUAUAUUUAAAGAACUUGGAUCAUCUACCAAUGCUUUGAGACAACUGCAAGGCUUUCCAUUUUAUGGGAAACCAAUGCGUAUUCAGUAUGCAAAAACAGACUCUGAUAUCAUCUCUAAAAUGCGUGGUACUUUUGCUGAUAAGGAAAAAAGGAAGGAAAAGAAAAAGGCGGCCAAAUCUCUGGAGCAGUCAGCAAAUGCAGCAAACAAAAAGGUUAUCCAGGGAGCAACACAAAAUUCAGCCGGUGCCCCAGGGACUGCAGCACAGAAUCAGCAGGUGCCUGAUAAUCCACCAAACUAUAUCCUUUUCCUUAAUAACUUGCCUGAGGAAACAAAUGAGAUGAUGCUGUCCAUGUUAUUCAAUCAGUUUCCUGGAUUCAAAGAAGUACGCUUGGUGCCUGGACGCCAUGACAUUGCAUUUGUGGAGUUUGAAAAUGAGAAUCAAGCAGGAGCUGCUCGGGAUGCUCUUCAAGGAUUCAAGAUUACUCCAUCUCAUGCCAUGAAAAUCACUUAUGCAAAGAAAUAACUAGAUGCUUUUAUGAAGGACUUCUAUGGAUAUUUUUUUUUAAUAUGAUGACACUUUGAUCAGCUGGCAUGUUUGCUAUUCUCUGCAGAAGACUUAACACUUGUGUAAAAUUGCCACAAUGGCCAGGACAGACCUAAGAUUUCCUUGGGUCUGCUGGAUAGUAAGUUUUUGUGUUGAAAUAUUAAUUUUUAUAAAAUAAAUUCAGUUUAUGCUGUU